AUGCUCGUGGGUCUGUGGCGACGGACGUCUCCGGCCCUGUCGAGAGGCUUCACGUCGGCCGCACGGAAGCAAACGGUAACCGCUGCAGCGUCUGCGAAUACGAACCGCUUCUACUAUGACCGAAUCAAGCGCAAGUAUCCCGUGACGAGGAAGGCGCUGACCUCUGAGUUGAUCGACCGUGCGACGCAGUACUUGGAAGGCAGAGGGCUGAGUCGGGCUCAGGCGCUACGUGCGAUCUCGCAGCAUGUGAUGUUGGUGAACUACUCGGAGGAACUCAUGGAGAGCAAGGUGUCGUGGUUUCGCGACGUGGGUCUGUGCCACGACAAGAUCAAUGCGAUCAUCAUGCGCCAUCCGAACAUCUUGGGCAUUUCGAUCGACAAGUACGAAGCGCUCGUCAAGUGGUACCUCUCGCACGGUGUCGCUCACGACAAGAUUCCCUAUCUAUUCAGCAUGUUCCCACAGGGAGUGUCGUACAGCGUCCAGGAAAACUUGGAUCCGAAAGUCGACCUAUUGCGAGAAAUAGGAUGCACUGACAAGCACAUCACGAGCGCGCUGACGAGGUCGCCGCAGAUCUUUACCCUCAGCGUCGACCGACUGCGGAGCAAAGCAGAUUAUCUGGUACAGUUGGGUGUACCGCGCGAGCGCUUGCCGCACAUUGUGUCGUCGGUCCCUGAGUGCCUCGCGCUGACUGUAUCCCGACUCAAAGAAACGGUAGACGCAAUGGACGAGAUGUUUGGUGCUGGCGCUGGUCUCCGGGCUCUGCUGUGCAACUGUCGUAUCGUCAUGAGCAACAUCAGCGUCAUGCGCGAAUCAUUCGACUUCUUGAUUUCGGUAGGCUUUACCAAGGAACGGCUGGAGAAGAACACGCGAUAUAUCGUGCGCAGCGUCGAUCGCUGCCUGCGCCCGCGCGUGCAGUACCUCAACACAAAGCGUGUGGACGUCGUGAGUGACAUCACGUGGAUUCUGAUGCCGGAAGUUCUCUUCAUCGAGAAGUAUCCGGACUAUGCUGCGUUCGGGACGGCGAUGAAAGCUGCUCGCAAGAAGAAAUAG